GGGCUGGAGAAUCCGCCCCGCGGGCCUCGGGCCUCAAGCCCUCGGCACGGCCGUCCGUUAGGGCGGUUCGAUGCCCGCAGCGCUCACACCCCAGCCGGGUGGGCCGGGCGGGCCGGGGACMGAAGGGCGGGCCCCAAGCCGCGGCCUCGCCUCCGGCGCUUCCCGGCAGCUCUAGGCGGCCUCCCGGGGCCCAGAGCUCCGCGGGCCGAGCGCUGCCACCAUGCUGCAGAAGCGGGAGAAGGUCCUGCUGCUGAGGACCUUCCAGGGCCGGACGCUGCGGAUCGUGCGUGAGCACUACCUGCGGCCCUGCGUGCCGUGCAACAGCCCGCUCUGCCCGCAGCCCGCCGCCUGCCGCAAMGAGGGGAAGCUCUUGUCUAGUGAUGUGACUCAUUAUGUGAUCCCAGACUGGAAAGUUGUUCAAGAUUACCUUGAGAUCCUUGAAUUUCCAGAGCUGAAGGGAAUUAUUUUCAUGCAAACGGCUUGUCAAGCUGUGCAGCAUCAAAGAGGCCGGAGACAGUAUAACAAACUGCGAAACCUCCUGAAGGAUGCGCGUCACGAUUGCAUUCUCUUUGCUAAUGAAUUCCAGCAGCACUGCUAUCUCCCUCGGGAAAGAGGAGAAUCCAUGGAAAAAUGGCAGACCAGUGCAAUAUAUGGAAAGUCAGGCUACCUGAGUAAUUACCUGGACAACUUUUGGCCAGACUUAAAAGCCGCCCAUGAGCUUUAUGAUUCUAUCCUUCAGUCUCGACAGGAGAGAGAGAAUGAGAGUCAGGAGAGCCAUGGCAAAGAGUACCCAGAACAUCUUCCCUUGGAAGUGUUAGAAGCUGGGAUCAAAUCUGGACGCUAUAUCCAGGUGAGGAUGGUAAAAAAGAAUCACUGUCAGAGUUUAAUUAGUGACAUCCUAAUCCACGGCAUGAAGGCUCGGAACCGCUCCAUUCAUGGAGAUGUGGUGGUUGUGGAACUGCUCCCUAAAAAUGAAUGGAAAGGAAGAAUUGCUGCCCUGUGUGAGAAUGACAGCGAUGACAAGGCCUUGGGCGAGUCCCCAAGUGAGCCCAUGCCUACAGGUCGAGUGGUGGGCAUUCUUCAGAAGAACUGGCGGGAUUAUGUGGUGACAUUUCCAUCCAAAGAAGAGGUCCAAUCUCAGGGCAAAAAUGCUCAGAAAAUCCUAGUUACACCUUGGGAUUACAGAAUCCCCAAAAUUCGAAUUAGUACCCAGCAAGCGGAAGCCCUCCAGGACUUCAGGGUGGUUGUGCGCAUCGAUUCCUGGGAGUCAACAUCUGUGUAUCCAAAUGGGCAUUUUGUGCGUGUUUUAGGAAGAAUCGGUGAUCUGGAAGGGGAGAUUGCAACCAUCCUGGUGGAAAACAGUAUUUCAGUUGUCCCUUUCUCAGAAGCUCAGAUGUGUGAGAUGCCAGUAAACACACCAGAAAAUCCUUGGAAGGUGAGUCCUGAAGAGGAACAAGAACGUAAAGACUUGAGGAAAACCCAUCUCGUGUUCAGCAUUGACCCCAAAGGUUGUGAAGAUGUGGAUGAUACACUGUCAGUCAGAACCUUAAAUAAUGGCAACCUGGAACUUGGAGUCCACAUUGCAGACGUAACACACUUUGUGGCUCCCAAUUCUUACAUUGAUGUGGAAGCUAGAACAAGGGCCACCACUUAUUAUUUAGCAGAUCGUCGCUAUGACAUGCUGCCCUCUAUCCUCAGUGCUGAUUUGUGUUCCCUGCUGGGAGGUGUUGAUAGGUAUGCUGUAAGUGUCAUGUGGGAAUUGGAUGAAACCUCUUAUGAAAUUAAGAAAGUGUGGUAUGGCAGAACCAUUAUCCGAUCAGCUUAUAAACUCUUCUAUGAAGCAGCCCAGGAACUACUGGAUGGAAACUUCAGCAUUGUUGAUGAUAUUCCAGAACUUAAAGACUUGGAUGAGAAGAGCAGACAAGCCAAACUGGAGGAAUUAGUAUGGGCAAUUGGAAAGUUGACUGAUAUAGCUCGCCAUAUCCGAGCUAAACGAGACCGUUGUGGUGCCCUGGAACUGGAAGGGGUAGAGGUUCGAGUGCAGCUCGAUGAAAAAAAGAAUAUUCAUGACCUCAUCCCCAAGCAACCCCUGGAGGUCCAUGAGACAGUGGCUGAAUGCAUGAUCCUGGCCAACCACUGGGUAGCCAAGAAGAUCUGGGAGAACUUCCCUCAUCAAGCCUUGUUGCGCCAACAUCCUUCUCCACACCAGGAGUUUUUUUCUGAGCUCCGGGAAUGUGCUAAAGCAAAAGGCUUCUUCAUUGAUACACGGUCCAAUAAAACACUGGCUGAUUCUCUGGAUAAUGCUAAUGACCCCAAUGAUCCUAUUGUAAAYAGACUGCUACGCUCUAUGGCUACGCAGGCUAUGUCUAAUGCACUGUAUUUCUCUACUGGAUCAUGUGCGGAGGAAGAGUUCCAUCAUUAUGGUCUUGCGUUAGAUAAAUAUACCCAUUUUACUUCUCCAAUAAGAAGAUAUUCAGAUAUUGUAGUWCACAGAUUGUUAAUGGCAGCCAUUUCAAAAGAUAAGAAAAUGGAAAUGAAAGAAAACCUACUCAGCAACAAGGAUCUUGAGGAAUUGUGCAGACAUAUCAACAACAGAAACCGAGCAGCACAGCAUUCUCAGAAGCAGUCUACUGAGCUCUUCCAGUGCAUGUACUUUAAAGACAAGGACCCUGAAACUGAGGAGCGAUGCAUAUCUGAUGGAGUUAUUUACUCAAUUAGAACAAAUGGUGUGCUUGUAUUUAUACCGAGGUUUGGGAUUAAAGGUGCUGCUUAUCUAAAAAAUAAAGAUGGUUUAGUGAUCUCAUGUGGUCCAGAUAGCCGUUCUGAAUGGAAACCAGGAUCUCUUCAACGAUUUCAAAACAAAAUAAUCUCUACCACAACAGCAGGGCAAUCUGUUACAUUCCAUUUGUUUGACCAUGUGACAGUAAGAAUAUCUGUACAAGCCUUGCGUUGCCAUUCUGAUACAAUCAGGCUUGAAAUAAUAAGCAACAAACCGUACAUGAUACCAAACACAGAACUUUUUCAUCAGAGUUCUCUCUUGCUGAAGAGUGAAUUAGUGAAAGAAGUGACCAGAUCUAUGGAAGAAGCUCAGCUUGCCCAAGAAGUCAAAGUAAACAUCAUUCAGGAAGAAUAUCAAGAAUACUGCCAAACAAAGGGGCARAGUCUAUACACACUUCUAGAGGAGAUAAGGGACCUAGCUCUCCUAGAUGUUUCAAGCAAUUACAGAACAUAAAAUAUUCUUUGAACUUUAUCUUAUGUGUUUUAACAUUCUUUCAAACUUCUAAUUUGGUGUUACUCAGGACUACAGUUGCUCAAGAUUGGAGAGGUAUUUCAUAUGUAUAAAAUGUUCUUUCAUAAUUCACGGAAGUUGUUAAAAAGUAAAACUAGAUUACUAAGUAAACUGAUUUUUCAGCUAGGAUGGUGGUGCAAAGCAGGUUGCUAGCCUAAUUUUCAUAAACUUAGACUUAAAUUUUUAGUU